AUGCCUCCAUCUCUGCAAUCGUACGAGGAAGUCUCCUCAUCACUUCCUAUGAAAGUUGUGCCUAAGAAAAAUGGGGUGGUCAACGGUGCAAGCAGUCUUCGAUUAGAAGAGUCAGAGAAGCAUGAUCUGGUCCUGCGAGUGUUCCGGUGUUUUAUUGCGGAUUUGUGUGAACAAUUCAAGGGCGGACAUCCUGGGGGUGCGAUGGGCAUGGCUGGCAUCGGGAUAGCUUUGUGGAAAUACGCAAUGAAAUACUCGCCCAGCAAUCCCAACUACUUCAAUCGGGACAGAUUCGUGCUCAGCAAUGGACACACCUGUCUCUUCCAGUAUACCUUUAUGCAUCUGGUUGGAUACAGUAAUAUGACCCUCGAUCAACUCCGUUCUUACCAUUCGAAACGGACGGAUUCAAUUUGCCCCGGUCACCCAGAGAUCGAAAUUGACGGUAUCGAGGUUACGACCGGUCCACUUGGACAGGGCGUGGCCAAUGCCGUUGGCCUAGCUAUGGCUGAGAAGCACCUUGCAGCAACGUACAACAGGCCUAAUUAUCCGGUCGUCGACAACAUGAUCUUCUGCAUGAUCGGCGACGCCUGCCUUCAAGAGGGGGUCGCCUUAGAAGCGAUCAGCUUAGCCGGACACUGGCGCUUAGAUAAUCUGGUAAUUGUAUACGACAACAACCAGGUAACCUGUGACGGCUCGGUCGAUCUGGCAUGCAACGAGGACGUCAACGCCAAGAUGCGAGCCUGUGGAUGGAACGUAAUAGACGUCUUUAAUGGCUCCAACAAUAUCAGCGGCGUAACGCAAGCCCUAGUCACCGCCCGCGCAAGCGACAAACCGACCUUUAUCAACGUCCGCACAGUCAUCGGCUUUGGAAGCAAGCUCGCCGGGGACGCAAAGACGCAUGGCGCUGCCUUUGGCCCUGAGGAUGUUGCGAACAUCAAACGAACCUUCGGCAUGGAUGUGGACAAGCACUUCUAUAUCCCGGAUGAUGUCUAUGACUUCUUCCACGAGGCUCGAUCGCGCGGCCAAGACUACGAGUGGGAAUGGAACGCAUUGGUCGAUGCGUACUCUCAAGAGUACCCCGAGCUAUCAGCGGAGUUCAAGUCGAGGGUCGCGGGUCAGAUGCCGCAGGAUUGGAUGAAGUAUAUUCCAGCAAAAGACAGUUUUCCGACUACGCCUACUGCGUCCCGAAAGUCGGCUGGACUGGUUUGCAACCCCCUGGCGCAAAACCUUAACAAUAUCAUGGUUGGGACUGCGGACCUGACACCCUCAGUAAACAUGGUGUGGAAAAACAAGAAGGACUUUCAGCACCCUGACUUGAAAACGGCGUGCGGUAUCAACGGAGACUACAGCGGCAGGUACAUCCACUGGGGUAUAAGAGAACAUGCCAUGGCAUCAAUCUCCAAUGGACUCGCUGCGUACAACAAAGGCACGAUUUUACCCGUGACCUCGACCUUUUUCAUGUUCUAUAUUUACGCCGCCGCCGGCGUCCGCAUGGGCGCCCUCCAAGGCCUCCAAUGCAUCCACGUCGCAACCCACGACUCGAUAGGCACUGGCGAAGACGGUCCAACUCACCAACCCGUCGAGCUCGCCGCGCUUUACCGCGCUAUGCCCAACAUGCUCUAUAUCCGGCCCUGCGACUCCGAAGAAACAGCCGGUGCAUUCAUCGCCGCACUCAACGCCAAGAACACACCUUCCAUUAUCUCCCUCUCCCGCCAGAACCUCGAGCAGUACCCCGCCCACUCAUCGCGUGAGGGUGUCCGGAAGGGCGCUUACGUGUUGAUGGAGCAGGAAGACGCAGACGUGACGCUCAUUGGUGUUGGCGCGGAAAUGUGCUUUGCAGUUUCUACGAAGGAAGUCCUUGAGAAGGAGUACGGGAUCAAAGCCCGCGUUGUCAGCUUCCCUUGCCAGCGCCUCUUCGAAGCUCAGCCGCGCGAGUACAAGCGCGAGGUGCUGCAGUACGGUAAAGGCCGACCUAUUGUGGUUAUCGAGGCGUAUGCUGUUAACGGCUGGGAGAGGUAUGCGGAUGCUGGUUUCGCGAUGAGCUCGUUUGGGCACUCGCUGCCUGGCGCGAAAUGCUAUGAUCAUUUCGGGUUCUCAGGCACGAAGAUCGCACCCAAGGUCAAGGCGCUGGUGGAUGAGGUCAGGAAGGAGGGGAUCGAGAGUUUAAGGGGUGAUUUCCGGGAUCUGAAUGGGGCUUUGGGAUUUAAAACGGAGCAUUGA